AGGAGAUUCAUUUCUGCCAUUCUUCUUGGAGCCUCUUAGGGGAUACAGGCCAGAAAAGGGCAACUUGUCCCCCCUUAGGGCAUCAGCUCCCUCCACCAGAAUCACUUGUUGGUAGAGAAACAGCCACUCAAGGCCUGGUUUAACACAGAACAUACUUCACAUACUCCCAUGAUGAGAGAUGAAGAGAUCACUUAUGCAACUGUGAGAUUUCAUAAGUCUUCAGGGUUGCAGAGCCCAUCAAGGCCUGAUGAGACUCAAGGACCCAAGGACUCAAGGACCUUUGCUGGCGGCAAAGGGUGUUCAUGCCCCUGGAAGCCCGUUGUGAUUCCACUCGGAGUCCUUUGUUCCCUUCUGCUGGUAACGGUCAUAGUGUUGCUGACACACAUUUUUCAGUAUCAUCAAGAAAAACAUAAGCUGCAGGAAACUCUACGCAACCUCCAUUAUAACUACAGCAAUGUGCAAAAUGACUGCAACUUAAAGGAAGAGAAGCUGAGAAAUAAGUCUAGAGAGUGUGAUGACCUCAAAGAUGAGCUGGACUCCCUCAAGAGAGAGUGGAACAGAUGCUAUGGGAACACCAAGACUGUUUUAGAUUUUUCACAGUACAGAGGCAAAUGUGCUGAAGGACGCUGGUUCUGCUGUGGCUUAAAAUGUUAUUAUAUCACCAUGGAAAGUAAACACUGGAUUGGAUGUAAACAGACCUGCAAGGAUUGCAGCUUAUCCCUCUUGAAGAUAGAUGAUGACAGUGAAAUGAGGUUCCUUCAGCUCCAGCUUUCUUCAAAGAGUUACUGGAUUGGCUUGUCAUAUGAUUCAAGCACAAAGAAAUGGGCAUGGAUUGACAAUGGCCCAUCUAAACUUGCCUUGAACAACCCGAGUUACCACCGUAAGAUCGGAGGAUGUGUAUUUCUAUCUAAAACAAGACUAGAGGUUGAGCAAUGUGGGAGAUCCUACCCCUGCAUUUGUGAGAAGAGACUGGACAAAUUCCAUGAUUCGCUCUCUAAGAAUACUUAAAGGACCUCGUCUGCUGUGCAGAGACACAAGCUGGCAGAGGCUGGGAGUGUCUUCUGGAACCUGACUUCACAGAGCAGAGUCUGUCUUCCUUCCUUGUGGAGACAGUACAGACCUUCUCUGAUGCAUGGACAUUCCAUAGGACUGAGGAAUAUGCUCUAGCUACUUAAAUUCCUUAGAACUUAAUAAAGAACCUUAAUAAACAGCCUGAACAUUUCAUUAUUAAUAGAAUAAAUCAUCUUAAUUGAAAGCACAAUUAAGGCCUAGAAAUAGGUGUAGGCUCUGAUUUCUCAUUUGUUGGCUGAUUACUAUUUUGUGUUGGUUUGUUUUUUGUUUCAUGUAGAAGUUUUCCUCAUUCUUAUAAUUUUUUUUUUUUUGCCAGAAAACUAUAAUUUAAAUUUUGGUAAGCAGUUGCAAGGAUAGUUCAAGAACGCCUGAAUAUCUUUUAAACAAGACAUCAGUUGUCCUUUCCACCCCUCUUUAACACAUCUAAGAUAAGGUGAGGCCCUUUAGAAAUGGUGGUAAUAAGCAAGUGAAAGACCUGUUGAAAAAAUCUUCAAGUCUCUAAAGAAAGAAAUUGAAGAAGAUAUCAGAAGAUGGAAUGAUCUCCCGUGCCCAUGGAUUGGUAGGAUUAAUACAGUGAAAAUGGCCAUUCUGCCAAAAGCAAUCCACAGAUUCAAUGCAAUUCCCAUCAAAAUACCAACACAAUUCUUUACAGACCUUGAAAGAAAGAUUCUCAGCUUCAUAUGGAGAAACAAAAAACCCAGAAUUUCCAAAAUGAUCCUGUACAACAACAGAUCAUCUGGAGGUAUCUCUAUCCCUGAUCUCAAGCUGUACUACAGAGCAAUAGUAAUAAAAACUGCAUGGAAAUGGCAUAGAAACAAAAAGGAGGAUCAAUGGAACCAAAUAGAAGACCCGGAAAUAAACCCACACACAUAUGGAUACUUAUUUUUUGAUGAAUAAGCUAAAACCAUUCAAUGGGGAAAAAAAAGACCGCAUCUUCAACAAAUGGUGCUGGUCAAAUUGGAUGUCUAUAUGGAGAAAUAUGAAAAUAGAUCCAUAUUUAUCACCCUGCACAAAGCUAAAGUCCAAGUGGAUCAUUGGAUCAAAGACUAAACUCUUUUCUAUGUCAACUUUCAUUUUUCUUUUAAAAAUAUAUGUGUUUGAUCAUUUAACAUACAACUAGCUUAGUCCAUUUUAAAAUAAAAAAAAUGUACCAAGGUGACUGUGGCUUCAUAGAAUGAGUUUGGUAGUGUUCCUUCUGUUUCCAUCUUGUGGAAUAGUUUGAAGAAAUAUAAAUGAAAUUGAAUGCAAUAAUGACAAAGGUUGUUAAAGUCAUCUGCUAGGUGAAUACCGAUGAAUAAAUAAAUAAAACAUGAAUGAAUACUCAUGUUAGAAUAUACCAUCAGAACAUGGAAGGAUGACAGUAGGGUACAGCUAAACCAAUGUGAUUGGUGUAAUCAGCAGAGAUAAGGCAAAUGGUGGCUAUAAGAGAAAGAAUAGAAGAAAACAAAUAGUAAAAAAAAGCCAAACAAAAAUCACAAGAGGUAAUAGACACAUAGACCCAUCCGAAUGUACCA